AUGGACUUCGUCUUUGUGUUUCCCAAAGACGCUAGCAAGAAUACUGGUAUUCUUGUGUUUGUUGAUCAGUUCAGCAACAUAGUACAUCAAGUUGCUGUAGUGGAGUCGAUCACAGCCCAGGGCUGUACGCGUGUCUUCGUCGAUACUAUCUUCCGACUUCACGGGUUGCCCCGUGACCUCGUGUCUAAUCGAGACCCCCGCUUCACAGCGGAGUUCUGGCAAUCCGUGCUCCGUUCACUUGGAACAUGUUUAAAGAUGUCGACUUCUGACCAUCCCGAAACAGAUGGACAGACGGAACGCGUCAAGCGCGUCCUCGAAGAGAUACUUCGAGGGUAUGUCCACUCGUUUACGAGUUUGAGUGAGUUCUUGACGAUGGCAGAAUUCGCCAUCAACAACUCGGUGCAUGCGUCGACAACGCAUACAACAUUUGUCAUGAAUGACCUACGCCAUCCACGUUUACCCGCCUUCUAA